AUGCACCGACGUCGAGCCGUCGUGCUCGCACUCCUCGCCGCCGCGGCGCGCAGCGUCCACGCCAUACCCAAAGAAUUCUACACCAGCAGCAGCAACGGCGUCUGCCCGAAAAGCGACCUCGAGGCCUGCCCGUCCUCCCUGCCGUCGGGCUUCUGCUGCCCCUCGGGCCAGCAGUGCCUGCCGCUCGCCGGGCUGACCACGGCGCUCUGCUGCCCCUCGGGCCGGUCCUGCGAAAAGAUUUCGCCCAUUACGUGCGACUUGAAGCUGCAGAACCCCAAAGAAAACCCCGACGCCACGGUAAUCACCUCGGUCUUUGACGUCAAUCUUGAAAUUUGCGACAAUGGCUGCUGCCCCUUUGGGUACUCGUGCGCCAACCGCGUGUGCGUCCGCAACGCCAGCCAGUCGAAGAAACCGGGCGAGGAGAGCGGCAAGUCAUCGUCGACGACGACUGCGUCGGCGUCCUCGACAGCCGAAGCAACGUCAACCGCGUCGACAACGGCCACAGACGUUGCCACGUUGUCGCAGACCACCACCGCCACCGCAACCGUCACCUCAACACCGGAUAGCAGCAGCAGCGACGCCGACGCCGGCAAGGGCAUCAAGUCCAAGACCAUGUCCAUCAUUGGCGGCGUCGUCGGCGCCACCCUCGUGCUUCUCAUCCUCAUCGUCGUCGGCAUCCUGUGCGUGCGCCGCCGCCGCAAGCGCGCCGCCGGCGCCAACCCCCUCGGCGAAAAGACGGGCUACCACCGCGCCGGCUCCACCACUUCCUCGGCCCGCGCCCGCGGCCUCAACAUUUCCGAGCCCAUUCUUCAAGAAAAUUCGUACCGCAGCGACUUUAUCCUCAAAUCUCCCUCGGCCGCCUCCUCCAUUAGCCAGCGGGCCGUCAACACCCGGUGGAGCGGCGGCGGCAUCGGCGUCGCCCCCCCGCGCAUCCCCACUCCGCCGGUCUCCAACCGGCAGCAGCAGCAGCAGCAGCAGCGCCGGGAGGACCCAGAGUUUCCGAACCCAUUCGCGUCGCCGAACCCGUCAAUGGCCGAGGACCGGCGCUACUCACUCGCAUCGUCGGACAUGUUUGACGAGACGGGCCUGAGGACGGGCCAAGUCGUCACCGGCAAGCCCGCGCCUAUUCGCAACAUGCGACCCUCGAGCCGGCGCAUCUCGCGGGAGCCGCAACAUCUCCACGCCAUGGCCGACGAGAGAAUCGACGUCUUUUCCGAUGAAUACGCGGUGCCUCAGCAGCAGCAACAGCAGCAGCAGCAGUAUUCAUAUCAGCAGCGGGACGCGUAUGGGGGCGCCAAGGAUCGCAUGACGAAAAUGACUACCUUUUCGCAAUUAAUGGACAAGGCUGACCUCGGGGAUCUGUACCGCGGGAAGCGCUAUGUGCCCGGUUCGCCGCCGCGUCUUUGA